GAUUGUAGCAAAGCUGUUAGCAAAUCGUCUUAGAAAAGUGCUGGUCAGGGUGAUCGGGGAAUAGCAAAUGGCUUUCAUUGAAGGGAGACAACUGAUGGAUGGAGUAGUCAUAGCAAAUGAGGUGAGAAAUGAGGCGAAAAAGAAAAAGAUGGAAAGCUUUUUAUUCAAAGUUGAUUUCGAAAUAGCAUACGGCAAGGUGUGUUGGGAAUUCAUUGAUUACAUGCUGUUUAGAUUGGGAUUUAAUAUCAUUUGGAGGGGAUGCAUUCAAGAAUGCUUACGAUCAAGUAUGAUCUCGAUCCUCAUCAAUGGAAGCCCGACAAGACAAUUUCCUGUUGGCAAAGGAAUAAGACAAGGUGACCCACUAUCUCCUUUCUUGUUCCUAAUUGUGGCGGAGGGUCUAAAUGGCCUAAUGUCUACUGCAGUUGAGAAGGAGUUAUACAAGGGAGUGAGGAUUGGUAAUGGAGCAACAAUGGUGUCCCAACUACAAUUUGCAGAUGAUACUACUUUCUUCGGAGAGGCAACCGAAGACAACAUAAAGGUGGUUAAAUGCAUCAUGAGAAUCUUUGAAAUGGCAUCAGGAUUGAAAAUCAACUUUGGGAAGAGUCAACUAAUGGGUGUGGAGGUGGAUAAUGACUGGAAAGACAGAAUGGCUUGCAUUUUAUGCUGCAAAAAGGGAAAAUUUCCUUUUAAAUACCUGGGAGUUCCAAUUGGGGGGAAUCAUAGAAGAGGCCGGAUCAUGCUCAUUAAUUCUGUAUUGUCUAAUCUACCCGUUUUCAUGAUGUUGAUAUACCGAAUUCCCUCAGGUAUUCUCAAAUCCAUUGAUAAAAUGCGUAGAAAUUUUUUAUGGGGGGGAGAAGGGGAGGGAAGGAAAAUAAAUUGGGUAAGCUGGGAGAGGGUUUGUAAAAAUAAAGAGUGGGGCGGGCUCGGGGUGAAGGAUAUAAGGAGUUUCAAUUUAGCAUUAAUAGGAAAAUGGUGGGGACAUCUAGCAUCCAAGGAUGAGGGGUUGUGGAGGAGGGUAAUCGAAGGAAAAUAUAGCGAGGGAAAAGGUAAUUGGAUGGAUUGGGUAAGAGACGGUAGAGGAAUGGGUUCAUUAUGGUGGAGGGAUGUAUGCAACCUCAAUAAUAGAGAUGGAGAGAAUGUAGGAUGGCUAGAAGAUGGAUUUAGAUUAAGGAUAGGAGAAGGUAAAGGAGUGAGUUUUUGGUGGGAUAAGUGGUGUGGGGAGGGAUGUCUUGCUAACAUAUUCCCUAGAUUAUACCUUUUGUCAACAGGAAAAGACAAAGAAUGCUACCAAAUGGGUAAUACUCAAAAUGGUACAUGGAAAUGGAAUCUUUCAUGGAGAAGAACCUUGUUCGAGUGGGAAAAAAAGGCCGCUAUGAAACUCCAGGGGAUACUUGACAACGUGAAGAUCACUUCUGGAUGCCUUGACAAAUGGCAAUGGAUUCACAGCAGUGAUGGUCUCUACUCAACAAAAAUGGCUUAUGUGAAGUUGACAAAAGAACGGGCGGGAUCGAAGGAAGCAAAAAUGUCAAAGAGAAUAUGGAAUCCCAUGCUUCCGAGCAAGAUAGCUGCCUUCAAUUGGAGAGUAAUACUUGACAGAAUUCUUACCAAAGUUAAUCUACAUAAAAGAGGAGUUAUCAAGGACAUGGAAUAGGCAAAAUGUGGUAUAUACGAGGAGUAUGAGGGCAUCAACCACCUAUUUCUAAAUUGCAAAUUAAGUAAAUGGCUUUGGAAAGCUUGCAGCAAAUGGUGGGGGACCACAGUAACAUUAAAAGAAGACUGCUGCA